CCCAUUGGAAGGCUAACAUGCAAUUUUCUUCGCUGGCAGAUACCUCAUUUCCCGAGACUUGAGAAUCUCCGCAUACACCAACCGCCAAGAUGGUCCGCACUUCCGUUCUCCACGAUGCUCUCAAGAGCAUGAACAACGCCGAGAAGGCCGGCAAGCGCCAGGUGCUCAUCCGCCCCAGCUCCAAGGUCAUCGUCAAGUUCCUCCAGGUCAUGCAGCGUCACGGUUACAUCUCGUCAUUUGAGGAGGUCGACGACCACCGCUCCGGCAAGAUCGUUGUCCAGCUCAACGGCCGCCUCAACAAGUGCGGUGUCAUCUCUCCCCGCUACAACGUCCGUCUCUCCGACCUCGAGAAGUGGGUUGUCAAGCUGCUCCCUGCCCGUCAGUUCGGCUACGUCAUCCUCACCACCUCUGCUGGUAUCAUGGACCACGAGGAGGCCCGUCGCAAGCACGUUGCCGGCAAGGUCAUCGGCUUCUUCUACUAAGCGUUGGAACACCAAAAAGGCGAUGGAAGAAUGGACAAAAAGGGGCGUGGGACAUUUGGCGUUUGGGGGAACAACUUGGGUUAGCCAUGGCCGAUACCAGAGGAUGCCAUUGAGCUAGGAUCUCAUUUACACCAAAAGCAAUGAACUUCAACCAAGACCCCACCAAUACGAGCCAGUUCUCAUGUGUCAAUUUCAAGUGUGCAAUGUGUGCUAUGCAAGUGCUGUCCCAAAGCUGAUUUAUGCGUGUCUGCUUGUUUCCUCAAGUAGACACCAUUUCGUGCUUCCGUCCAGAGAAAUUCUCAUGGGUGGUUGUGCUAGGCUUCUCAACCCUGUGCACUGAAAGCUUGAGAAGCCGGACUCCCUGGCGUCAUGAUGUUGCACAAUGCCUCAAGCAUGGCGAG